AUGUUUGUAAUGAUCGUGGAAAUGGCUCUUACUGCAGUGUCGUACGGCCUACACAUUUAUUUUGCAAUACUUCUCAUUUUUCUCAGUGUUAUGAUGUUUAUCCUCUACCGUUUGCUUCGAUUUCCUCGUCCUACGCCGUACACGGUAAGCUGUUUUCUCCGAAGAGGAGCGCUGAGUAGAAGUUCACCCGUAAUCAUCGGUCAUAGAGGCUGUAGUUUGGAAGCGCCAGAAAACACUUUGGCGGCAUUCAAAUUAGCGAAAGAAAACGGAGCACAAGGAGUGGAAUUUGACUUGGACUUUACGAAAGAUGGCGUACCAGUAAUAAUUCAUGAUUCAACCGUAGACCGCACAACAGAUGGACACGGUAAAGUCCGCGACUUUACUUACGAAGAAAUUAGAAGACUGAACGCCUCAGCAAAACACCCCAAUAGGUAAGAGAAGCUUAUAUCCUUGACAAUGCCAAAAAUAAGAAAAAUAUUAGGUAGAAAGUUUUCCCUUUUAAACUCGUGACACGAAAAAUUCUGUGGAAAAAAACACGUGAUUUGUUUGUUAAAUUCUUGCGUGAAACAUUAUCAUGACUCCCCCCGUUUGUUACUACUACUGUGAUGGGCUGAUCAAUUCAAAGCUUCUAAAUCCCUUCCCCCCCGGCAACUCAUGGGCAUUUGACUGGUGUCUGUGCAUAGAGAAUAGGGAAUUUGACAAAAGAUGGGGGGGGGGGGAUUUGAACCUUGCCAGAGUGGGGUAGGGAAUUUGAACUGGAAGUGUCAAGUAUUUCCAAUUGAAUACACAUGUUUAUUUUUUGAUGUGGUGGAGUCAAAGGUAAAGAGGUUACUUUCCCAAUUUUCAUGACAUAGAAUGAUGCUUGCAAGCAGAAAACCCAACAGCAGUGUCAAAAACUAAUUUACAUGCUUUUUUUUUUCUCUCACCAUUUUUUAAAGCAUUUGGUUCUUCAGGAGGAACAUUUGACUAAUAAAUGCAGCCAUUGAAUAGAGCAUUUCAAUGCAAUGGUGGUCCUGCAGUUGGGGAGGGGGCAGGAAUUUGGAUAAACCAAUCCAUAAAAGUUCAAAUGCCUGGGGGAUGGCCGGGGGGGAAUAGACUAAGUAAAAGUGCUUUUGGAAUGGAGGUGUUAACAAGCUGCAUAUAAUGAAAAGUUGGGUGAGCUAAGAGUGUCUCUCAUAACUGCAAUGCAUGUGCCAUUUCUUUUUUUCUGAAAAAAAUUUUACUUAAGAGAUGGCACAUUGAAAAGUAUCAGUAGGUUUCUUUAAGAAGAUCAUUUGACUUAAAAGCCAAAUUUACCAUUUCUUAUCAAGCUUUUUCAUUGGAUAAUGAUGCAACAUGACAUGAAACAUGACAAUAUUUUUGUAGGGAAAAAUUUCCAGAUGAGCAUAUCCCACACCUUCAAGAAGUUGUAGAUCUCUGUGUGAACCUUGGUUUACAAAUGUAUAUUGAUGUGAAAGCAGCAUCACAAGCUGGAAAAGUAUGUCGCCAAAAUGUUACACUUGUAUGUGUUGUGGUUCAAAUGUUUCUUUGGUUUAAAAUGUUCAAAUUUUGUAUUCUUUUGCUGCAGAGUUUGAUAAUGGUGUGAGACAGAGGAAAAAUAAAAAAAGAUCUAGUUUUACUAUUGUUAGUGAAUGAGUCUUUGGUUCAAUUACAAUUUUUUAUUUUCCUAUACCAGGCGGCAAGUGUCCUCAAAAACUUAUUUGCAAGUCACCAGCUGUAUGACAAAGCUAUAGUUUGCUCAUUCUAUCCAAAUGUAAUUUUUCAGGUAAGAAGUUAAACAUAGACAUAUUAUACUACAGAAACACACUGAUCCAUGGGAAGAGAGCUGUACAUAUUGAUACAGCUUCCUUAACAAAAAACUCUUCCUUAUAAGAGACAAACUUUUUGUGUUUUAUGCACAUUUCUCCAUGACUGGAAUUACUUGGAAAUGGUUCUAGGCAAUUCCAGCCAUGGAGAAAUUUUUUUCUUCUUCUGACCUAAUUCAGACACAUUAAAUGCACUACUUCUUAAUAAAUACAAUUAUUUAACAUCACCAUAUCUAUAGAGAUUGAUGUGAUUGUUUUUUUUUUUUUUUUUCAGUGAUCUUGAGUAUUUAAGGUCCACACCAAAAUCCACUGUUAAGGGCUUAUCAUCAAGCAAAUCAACUUUCAAUAAAAUUAGCUCUGUCUUCCUUCUUUGGAAGUUAAUCCUGUGCCACAUUAUUUUUCUUUGCUGCCAUUAGGUACGCCGAGCUGAUCCAAAUAUUCUCACAGCCCUCACAUGGCGGAAAAUGUUUAUAUCCCUUACAGAUUAUUGUGGUCCAUGUAGAUACAAGGAGUGGUGGAAGCAACUGUUGGCCCCUCUGCUAGACAGAAUAUGGGAGCUUCAUCUUCACUCCUGGGUUUAUGACAUACUGGGAGUGUCUGUCUUUCUGUCUCAUACAGCGCAUUUCUCAAGGUGUGGUUACCCUCAUUUGUUUGGCAGGAAUAGUCAGAUCAUAUGAACAAAGAUAUGGAUGAAUAUGAGUAAAUGUUUUCAUAAGACAGCUUAAAAUCUUGCAUAGUCCUGAAUGAAGAUUUUCACUAAAUAUCAUGUUUCAAACUUUCAAGUUAUUAAAGUCGAAAGUUCAAAACUGUUAUCUUGUUACAGUGCCACUACUGUUACCAGGUUCACUUGUAAACAAAUAUAACUAAUUGAAUUUUAAGAAACUAGCCAUGAAUUGAAUUUAACUACAUUUAAUGGGACCAAUCAAUGUGGGCUUUGAAGCAUGAAGCAGCAGUGUAGUAAAAAGGGGCAUCAAAGUCACAACAGUUUUCAGAUGGAAAAUAGUAUCUUUGUGUCUUUUCUGUUGUCUCAUUUCAAAAAACACACAAAACCAUCAGAUACUCAGGCUAGACCACAGCACGCCAAGCUGACAAAGAAUUAUGAUGGACUUGAUUCCUGUAACCAGAUUGAUCAGUUUUGUACAAGUGUAGCAGUAAUUGCACAAGGUCCAGUUGUAUAAAGGCCAGAUAUCACUAUCCAGUGGAUAAAUCCCUAUCCACUGUGCUAUCCACUGGGUAGAGAUUUAUUCAGUGGAUGGCAUUAUCCACUGUUCAAACAACCAGGGCCUGGAAUUUAAGGAUACUUUUUGCAAAAGACAAAUUUUUAUUUGAUACUCCUGUUUGUGUCAGGAGUGCAUGGUUUUGUGGUGAAGUGUACUUGCAGCUACCAUCUGUUUUUCUUGUUGUGCUUUUCUUUUCUCAACAUUACCAUUAUAAAUUGUGGAAGUGUUUUAAUGCAUUUUGUUGAUGCUGUUGUUUAUGUGGCAGUUGCAAUACUGUUAUAUUCUUUCCUGCAGAGAA